AUGGCCGACGCGGUGGGAAUUGGUGCCGGCGGCGCACUUGCUCAGGGACUCCCGCUUGAGCAGUGGUUUAUGGAAAUGCCCCCAUGCACACGCUGGUGGACGGCGGCGACGGUGAUCACRGGGGUUUUGGUGCAGUGCGAGAUCCUUACACCAUUCCAGCUGUUCUACAGCUUCSGUUCUGUCUUUCAGAAGCAGCAAUUCUGGCGAUUAGCGACGACCUUCAUCUACUUCGGCCCUUUAUCGAUGAACCUCCUCUUCCACAUCUUCUUCAUCCAACGCUACGCACGAAUGCUCGAAGAGGCAGCUGCAUCUGUUGCGCACUUCAGUUGGCUUCUUGCCUUCAUUUCCGUCACUCUCCUCUCCAUUGCGCCGAUGUUCAGCCAGGCUUUCCUCGGAACAACGCUCAGCAGCACAUUGGUGUAUAUUUGGUCGAGGAGGAACCCAGAUACGCGGUUGAGCUUCAUGGGACUUAUGGCGUUCAAGGCGCCUUGGCUGCCGUGGGUUUUGGUGGCCUUCAACGUGGUGCUUAAUGGACAUUGGCCGAAGGACGAGCUGUGCGGGAUCGCUGUUGGACACAUCUGGUACUUCUUCAACGACAUCUAUCCCUCAGCACACAAUGGGCACCGGCCGAUGGACCCUCCUGGUUGGUGGAUCCGGCUGUUCGAGGGCGCCGCACUACCAGCAGCCACCGAGUCUGACGUACAUGCCGCGGCUAUCAACCGCGAUAUUCCUGCGCCGAUGGUUCCUGGUGUUCAGUAG